AUGGCACACUCUUCCUCAUCCAACAUCCUCCUGGACUUCCUCAACGGUACCUUCGUCGGAGAUCCCGCCGACGCCCGCGCAUUCUGCGAACGGACCAUCAGCCCCAACUUCAUCCGGCUCCAAGCCGGCGACGACAAAACGGACUUUGAGAGAGCGGUCGCGAAAAUUGCGUAUUUCCGCGCAAAUGCCACAUGGGAUCCGUCGUUGAAGUUCUUCACGCAGGACGGGAACAAGAUCUCUGGCCGGGUGGUUUUUGUUUUGAAGGUUGGGGAUGAACCGGCGAAGAAGUUGGAACUGAUGAUUAUGGCGGAGUUGAAUGAACAGGGACUCUAUGAGAGGGUUUGGGAGCAGGUUGCUGAGUAUACUCCAGGAGAGGAAUAG